AAAUGAAAAAGCUUUUAAAAACGGAAGAAGUGGAGACCCAGAUCUGAAAGCUCCUUCCUUUCUCUAUUAGGUCGAGUUUUUCUUCUUCGUUUUAUCUCUAAACACUCAAUCCAAGUCUUAUAAUUUCAAUCAUUGUGAGAAACAAUAUAUAUAUAUAUACACAACACACACUCUUUGGAAACUCAAACAUCAUUAUAUGAUCUGACCCAUCUCUCCAAAAAUAUGCCACGCCCUUUUUUCCACAAGCUUAUUCUCCCCUCUACUCUCCACCACAGGAAACUGAGGCUCCCUGAUAACUUUGUUAAGAGUAUCAAGGACGAACUUUGUGUUGCAGCUGCUCUCACUGUUCCUGAUGGUCAUGUUUGGCGUGUAGGAAUAAAGAAAGGUGACAAUAAGGUCUGGUUUCGGGAGGGUUGGCCAGAAUUUGUUGAUCGAUAUUAUAUCCGUAUCGGCUACUUUUUGAUCUUUCGAUAUGAAGGGAAUUCUGCCUUUAGCGUUAGUAUCUUUAAUUUGUACAACUCCGAAAUAAACUAUCAGACGAAUGCUCUUGUCGGUACUCAAUACAGUCAUGGUAAGCCAUAUCCGUUUGAAGAACUCGAAGAUGAUGAAUGCACCCCUCCAGCGGUGCAGCAUUUGUUCCGCGGUCCUAAACUUGAAAGCUCCAAUAACUGGAGCGGUGAAGUCAACCUUAAUGCGGCAAAGAGUGUGAAUAAUCAACCUGUUCGAGUGAAAUUGCGUACUUCAGGUUCGGAGAUGCCACAACCGAAGAAACCGGGGAGGAAAAAGCAGAAGCUUGACCCUAAUGAACAGGAUAUGUCCGUUGGACAUGAAGAGGAUGCAGAAAUGCGCUACAGAUUUUAUGAAAGUGCUUCAGCCCGAAAGAGAACUGUGACAGCCGAAGAAAGAGAGAGGGCAAUGAAUGCAGCCAAAGCAUUUGAGCCGACUAACCCUUUCUGCAGGGUCGUCUUGCGACCAUCGUAUCUAUACAGGGGAUGUAUUAUGUACCUACCAUCGUGCUUCGCAGAGCAUCUAAGUGGUGUUUCGGGGUUCAUCAAACUUCAGCUUCCUGACGGGAAACAAUGGCCCGUUCGAUGUCUUUAUAGAGGAGGCAAAGCUAAGUUCAGCCAGGGAUGGUAUGAAUUCACAGUGGAGAAUAAUAUUGGGGAAGGAGAUGUGUGUGUCUUUGAGCUGCUCAGGUCAAGGGAGUUCAUACUCAAAGUUACCGUAUUCCGUGUAACGGACAAGGCUGAACCAAUGCACCACCGGUCUCAGCUGAGUUAAACUCAAAUUUUGUGGGUUGAUGAUUAGGUUUUGUAAAUAUAGGUUGUUCUGGAUUUGGAAAAUGGGUUU